AUGAGCCAGCAGCAGCAGCAGCAGAAGCAGCCCAGUCCGUAUCGGACUUACCAACCCCAACCCCAAUUUCAACCUCAGCCCAACCGCUAUGAUCAACUUCCGCGGUCUAACGUCACCUCGGCCGCGUCAGGUGCCUUCGUGUCGAACUUCAAACCUCCGCGUUGUCGACCUUCCGAUCUUAGCGAGGUUCCGACAGAUGAGCUUCACAACUGGCUCAAAGACCCUCAACUCGUGCAGCGCAAGCACGACAGCAUCGCUGGUAAACUACUAACAGACCCCGAUACUCGGCAGAUGAUGCUGAAUCAAUGUGCGAUCCAAACUCCACAUUUACUCACAGAGCUACGAGACUACCUUAGCUCAAUCGGCGCUCCGGCAGACGCUUCACCACUGCCCAUCCGCCAAGACAAUACUGAAUUGAGCCAGUCUGAAGUAAAGAUAGUUAAUGAAAUUAUGGCUGAUCAAAAACAUCUUGAAUUUGCGAGCCAGCAAUAUCGCGAAGCUAGAGAGGCGUUUCACUUGUGGGAGACGGAGAUCUAUCAGAUUAAUGCACAAAUAAAAGCGAGGGCGGCACUUACUGAGGCUAGCCGCAAGGGCAAACCGUCAAGCCAGUAA